CCUUCUCUCUCUCCCAGCUCUCUCUCUCUCUCUCUUUCUCUCUAUCUUCCAUCCUCUUCUUAGUAAAGAGAGAAUCAAUCUUAGAAAGAGAAUACCACCUCUCUAUCUCAUCCUCCUCCUCACCCUGCCUGUGGGUUAACGGAUAUAUACCGCUUCACUCCUCUAUCUUUGGUUCCUAGAAAGCUUGAAUCUCUCAAAACAUUUGUUGCUUUCUCUUUUUCUUGUAAUUGGUUUUUCUCUUUUUGGGAGGGGGCAGAGUCUUUUCUACUUCUCUCUUGGUUUUUCUCUGUCUUUUCUUCCCAUCUUUCUCUUUUUUUUUGAAGUGACCAGCUACAGGUGUGACACUUUAGCCUUUCUUUUGAAGUGAGCCAAGCGAAGAGAACAGAAGGGGGAGAGGAAGAGAAGAAAGCUGUCCUUUAAUCGAGCCUUUCCUCCAAAAUCAUCACAAAUUCAGGCAUCAUGUCCACCCCGGUCUCCCCUUCCCCUUCCCUUUCCCCCCUGACACUGGCCUCCCCUACAUUGGCCACCUCCCCUGGUGCCUCCCCUCUGCCCUCACCCCUCUCCCCUCCACCCAGGGUACCGGUAUUCCAGAGGAAGGGAGCACUCAAACACAAGAGGAUUGUUGAAGUCAAAGAUCACCAGUUCACGGCCCGCUUCUUCAAGCAGCCCACCUUCUGCAGUCACUGUACCGACUUCAUCUGGGGCAUCGGCAAACAGGGAUUCCAAUGUCAAGUUUGCAGUUUUGUGGUCCACAAAAGAUGUCACGAGUUCGUGACCUUCACUUGUCCUGGCUCUGUCACAGGACCAAAACCAGAUGACCUGAAGAGUCGACACACAUUUAAGGUCCAAACUUACUCCAGUCCCACUUUCUGCGACCACUGUGGCUCGUUGCUGUACGGCCUCAUACACCAGGGCAUGAAAUGUUCCAGUUGUGACAUGAACGUCCAUCGACGGUGUGAGACCAGUGUUCCCAGCCUCUGUGGCCAAGACCAUACAGAGAAGAGAGGGAGGAUCCACCUGACUAUCAGAGGAGAGUCGGAGGACGUCUUUGUCACAGUGCGGGAGGCUCGUAACCUGAUGCCCAUGGAUCCAAACGGCCUGUCAGACCCUUAUGUUAAACUGAAAUUGAUUCCAGACCCCAAGAGCCACAGCAAACAAAAGACUAAGACCAUCCGCUCAACACUCAAUCCCGUCUGGAAUGAGAGCUUCACCUUCUCAGUACGUGGUCACCAGUGGGACAGGCGACUGUCUGUGGAGGUAUGGGAUUGGGAUCGCACGUCCAGGAAUGAUUUUAUGGGAGCGCUGUCAUUUGGAGUGAGUGAGAUCUUCAGGCGUCCGAUCAGUGGCUGGUUCAAACUGCUGGCCCAAGAUGAAGGAGAGUACUACAACAUCCCCGUGCCAGAUCCAGACUUACAGGAGCCUCAGCCAGACGUCCCAACACCCUCUCUGCCUCAAGCGAUACCCGCCCCGCUGUCUGAAGCGUUCCCUGUGGCCCUGUCCUCGACUCCUGUACCAUCCUGUCCUCCUGUCCACACCCCAGGUCCUGCUAAAGUCAGAGUGGGCAUCCAUGACUUCAACUUCCUCAUGGUGUUGGGCAAAGGCAGCUUUGGCAAGGUGCUGCUGGCAGAGGAGAGAGGCAGCGAGCGUCUGUUCGCAGUGAAAGUGUUGAAGAAAGACGUUCUCUUCCAGGACGAGGACACGGAGAGCGCCCUGGUGGAGAGGAGGGUUCUGGCACUUGCCUCUCGCCCUCACUUCCUCACAUCACUGUACUGCGCCUUCCAGACGGAGGACCGUCUGUAUUAUGUGAUGGAAUAUGUCAACGGAGGAGACCUGAUGUUUCAUAUUCAGAUAGUUGGCAAGUUCAAAGAGCCUCAUGCAGCGUUUUAUGCAGCAGAGAUAGCGGUCGGCCUCUUCUUCCUCCACAGCAAAGGCAUCAUCUACAGGGAUCUAAAGCUGGAUAAUGUGCUGCUUGACAGCGAGGGCCACAUAAAGAUAGCUGACUUCGGGAUGUGCAGGGAGGGCAUGUUGGAGGGUGACACCACACGCACCUUCUGCGGCACCCCAGACUAUAUCGCCCCUGAGAUCGUGGCAUAUCAGCCCUAUGAUAAAGCCGUAGACUGGUGGUCUUAUGGAGUGCUGCUGUAUGAAAUGCUGGCAGGACAGCCACCAUUUGAUGGUAUUGACGAGGAGGAGCUGUUUCAGUCCAUCAUGGAGCAAAGUGUCUCAUACCCGAAAUGUCUCUCUCGUGAAGCUGUCGCUAUCUGCAAGGGACUUUUGACGAAGCAUCCAGCCAAGCGACUGGGUGGAGGAGAGGAAGCCGAGAGAGAGAUCAGGGAACAUCCGUUCUUCCGCUGGAUUGACUGGGACCGUCUGGAGAGACUGGAGAUCCAGGCACCCUUCAAACCCAGAACUGGUGGGAAAAAGGGUGAAAAUUUCGACAAGUUCUUCACAGCAGCUCCGUCAGCGCUCACUCCAUCUGAUCCGGAUAUACUAGCAGCUAUAAACCAGGAAGACUUCCAGGGCUUCUCCUUCCUAAACCCAGACUUUGCGCCGUCGCCUCUCACCGCUGUUUGAAAAUGGCUCCCAAACCAGCUCCAAGUGUCCACGACAAACAACCCUGUUAUCCUCCUAAUAGUAGUUUUAUAACAGAAUUUGAACAUGAGAACUAGCCGUAUUAAAGACACCGCUCAUAACCAAAUUCUGACGUUUACAUGAAAAUGCCAAGACACCUUUUAUCUUGAUAGUCACACAAUAUGUUGCAGCGAUGCACACAAAGCCAGUAUUCUACUGUAGAUUACCAUCUUAGGGUUUUUUGUAAGACAUCCCUUAACUUAAAUUAAGAAUACUGUAGUAUGAACCUGAUAAACAAAUCUCUUUGCAUGCAAUGUUUUUAGAAUGAAAUGCUUUGAUAGUUUUCUAUAGCAUAUUAGAUUAGAUUAUCCAAGAUGAUAUAUCUGUAUAAGUUUUACGACUAAUUCAUUGUUUCCAUGACUUUGAUUAGAAUCAUAUUGUGUUGUUAAAAGAAAACAAUUACAAUUUGAAAGUCGGGUUUUUCCUCAUGCAGCUCUACAGGCCACAUAGUAGGCAAAACGAGUCACUUUUUAACCAUUUUGCAGCUCAUACACACGAAUAAAAUGUUUCUUAGCAGGUAUAUUCCAGUGCGUUUAGACACCGUACAGUAAUUCAGCAUCAGAAACACUAUAAUGUGUCUUUCUAAGUAUCUAUCUUACUCUAUUUGUGUAUGUGUGUAAGUGUUUGACUGUGACGCAAACUGAGCGAGUAGCCUUCGUGUUAGACGCCACAUGAGUGACCUCAGAUGGCCCCAGAUGACCCAGCGAGAUGCUGAAACAGCGCAGUGAGCGUGACAGGCUUCAGUGCCCCCCAGCUCACGCCCGACUGUGUUACCACUGAGCAAAAGUCCUCACAUUACCACCACAGUUUAGAUUUCAUUUUUUAUUCACAAGCUGUGGAAUUAGGUCUAAUAUACAGCAUCUGUGCUCCUUUAUGACAUCCUAAAACUGCACUGAAAUAUGUGUUUGCACUCUUAUAAAAUACGCCUCUUAGUGAUGUUUUCUGCAGCUGAAACAAGAAGCUUGUACAGGUACUUUAUCAUGUUUUUGUGGUGUAUGCCAUAAAGCUUUUUUUGCUGUGUAAUGACGUACUCACAGCAUUGAUUAGGUGUAAUUAAAAGUGAGGCUCACUGGGACUGUUCAAUACAUGGAAAAAUAUUAGCAGUGCUGUCAUUAAAACAUUAUCUGAGCGGGGCAGGUGGCUGCAGACAUUCAGUUUAAUUAAUCCCAUUUCAGUGCUCUUAUCUCACAAACCAGCUGGUCGUUUCACACAGAAAUCUGGUUGAUUUCCUUCAAAGCAUCUUUAUGAUUAUUUAUUUAUUUAUUUAUUUAUUUAUACUGUUUACAAUUUGUCAUCCAGAGGAGCACAAUCAUACAGAUCAUGAAUGGGCAGCUGUAAAAGGUCACAGCAGUUAGUCCGAUGGCAGCUCAGUUUGAGUGGAGGUCAAAUGUCACAACACACACUUCAAUACGAUAGAUAAUACAAUCAGUAAUAGAUAGUACGAUAGAUGAUUUAUGCAUUUAUGUAUCUGUUAGUUGAGUUAACUUCUGUUUUUAUGUGCUGGGAAAAAAAAAAUCAACAACAUGGAAAUAAACUUACUAAAAAAGAAAUCAUGACACGAGAACAGUGAAGUGUUUGAUUGUGUUGACUUUGUGUGAAGCUGCUGAGAAACAAACACGCACAGCCUCUCGCUUUGUCUUCUCCACACGCCUCUCUCUGUCACGCUGCCUCACUUUCGCACAUACUCACGCUACAAAAGUGCAAUCUCAAGCAUGUGCACACGCGCGCACACGUGCGCUCUUACUCACACACA